CCCCCUCUCCCGCCUGAGAAGGACUGAGAGGGCGGCCAGGCAGCCAGUAGGUUCCCGGUUCCCGCGCGUCGUGCAACUCCGUGGCCUCGCACCCCCACGACUCCGCAGAAUGGCCGUCAAGAAGAUUGCCAUCUUCGGCGCCACGGGCAGGACCGGGCUCACCACGCUGGCGCAGGCGGUGCAAGCAGGCAUGAGCUGGGGUGGGCGGGGUUAUGAGGUGACAGUGCUGGUGCGGGACACCUCCAGGCUGCCCCCAGAGGGGCCCCAGCCGGCCCACGUGGUAGUGGGUGAUGUUCUGCAUGCGGCCGAUGUAGACAAGACUGUGGCUGGGCAGGAUGCCGUCAUCGUGCUGCUGGGCACCCGCAAUGACCUCAGUCCUACCACAGUUAUGUCCGAGGGCGCCCGGAACAUUGUGGCGGCCAUGAAGGCCCAUGGCGUGGACAAGGUCGUGGCGUGCACCUCGGCCUUCCUUCUGUGGGACCCAACCAAGGUGCCCCCACGACUGCAGGAUGUGACCGAUGACCAUAUCCGGAUGCACAAGGUGCUGCAGGAAUCGGGCCUGAAGUACGUGGCUGUGAUGCCACCACAUAUAGGAGACCAGCCGCUGACAGGGGCCUACACCGUGACCCUGGAUGGACGAGGGCCCUCCAGGGUCAUCUCCAAACACGACUUGGGCCACUUCAUGCUGAGCUGCCUCACCACCGAUAAGUACGACGGGCACAACACCUACCCCUCCCACCAGUAUGACUAGGGCUAUGACACUGUCUGGGAGGACAGCAUUCUGGGAAAUGGAGAACAGAGGAAAGGAGUAAAUAAACCUUGAGCCAACAGCUUCAAAUUAUUCUACAAGAA